CAAAGAGGGAGUGUGCUGUGCAAAACGUCUCACUGUCCUGCUCUGCAUAUCUAAACCCACCUCCCCUCGAUCUUACCACUCCAAUCAUGGACACCCACAGCUACAGAACCCUCAGACCCGGUCCGGUCUCAGUCAGCCCAGACAGAGACCGUAACUUUCACGAGUUUCGCUGACAGAACCUGACUGAUUGGAGGCAGAUUGAUUUACGGAUCGGGCUGUGUCUUUGGACCUCUAGGUUAUGAGUCCAUAAACUGAUACCUUGACUUGUGUUGUCACCAUGGCCUGGUUUGACAUAGCAGCCAAAAAGCUGGGGUUCCCAACUAUCGAGCUGUUUGUCAAGGCUGGCAGUGAUGGUGAGAGCAUCGGGAACUGUCCAUUCUCCCAGCGCCUCUUCAUGAUUCUGUGGCUGAAGGGAGUUAUUUUCAACGUCACCACAGUUGACCUCAAAAGGAAACCGGCGGACCUGCAGGACCUGGCCCCGGGGACCAACCCUCCAUUCGUCACAUUUAACGGGGAGGUGAAGGUCGACGUCAACAAGAUAGAAGAGUUCCUUGAGGAAAAACUCACGCCACCACGGUACCCCAAGUUGGCGACUAAUCACCCAGAGUCAAACACCGCAGGUAUAGAUGUGUUCUCCAAGUUCUCUGCCUACAUCAAGAACCCCCGCAAAGAUACCAACGACGGCCUGGAGAAGGCCCUGUUGAAGUCUCUGAGGCGGCUGGAUGAAUACCUGAGGACCCCCCUGCCGGAGGAGAUCGAUGCCAACAGCACAGAAGACCCUCAGGAGUCCACACGCUGCUUCCUGGAUGGACCUGACCUCACACUGGCAGACUGCAACCUGCUGCCCAAACUACACAUUAUAAAGGUGGUGGCCAGGAAGUACCGUGGCUUUGAGAUCCCGGUGGAGAUGGCGGGGGUGUGGCGCUAUCUGAACCACGCCUACAAGAGGGAAGAGUUUACUAACACCUGUCCUGUUGAGCGCGAAAUCGAAUUUGCCUACAUAGAUGUGGCCAAACGAAUCAAAUAGCAACAGGGGGAGGAGGGAGAGACUGAGAAGGCCCAAUCCCAAAUUGUGUGUGUGUGUACGUGUGUGUGUGUGUGUGUCUUUGUGCACUCACAGGUUGGGUUGCACGGCACUCAUAUGUAGUGUCAUGGCUGCUGUGAUUGUAAGAACACUAGACAGAGAGGUCUGCAUCCAUUUCACAUCCAGUCCUUUUGGCCAAAGCCCUCUGCAGUGCACUAUAAUACAGCUGUAUGGUGUCAUUGAAGACACAGACACUGUUAGAAACCCAGAGUACGAACUCUAACAGCGUAUAGUACUAUCUACUACUAUCUGCAACAUUGUAAAACUGUCCUAAAGCAGCCAUAAGCAUUCAUUAGAGUGUUAUAACCUCUGUGUCUUAGAGGAAUAGCAGAGCACAGGUAGACACGCCAUACUUAUAUGAAUAUGCAACACUUUGGCCUUGACCACAGUAUUAACCUAUAUAUAUAAAUUAACAUACAUAUACUUUAUGAAUUCACUUUUCAUUAGUUUCUCCCCUGUCUUAUUUUGGCUAUCUAUGGGUGAAUAAUAAUCAAUAGUAAAGGUCUGACUUAUCUAUUUGUACGUUUUGUACGCACCAAACAAAUACUGACACAACCCUGUGUACUCGCCUUAUAAUCCUCACCAGAGGAGACUUCAUUAAACUGAUUUCAGAACA